AUGAGCUUGAACAGCCUGCUUCAAACCGAUACGGGGUGUUGGGUCCGAACACGUACACCUGCAGUAAACUUGCUACUGACCGGCAGCCUCAAACACUCUGCUCCUUCAUCCGACAAUGCUCUAUGUGAAUCUCGUUCCCUACAACAAUCGCAGUUCCUUUCUGCCACUGGUGCGGAACCACAACAAAAUGCUGAUGCCUUGCACUUUCUUCCAAAGACUCAGCCCAAUCAAUUACAUCACACAAACAACCCAGAUACUUGUGGACCUCAAGAUGCACCACAUUUCCGCUCCAAUCUUUCCUCGCUUCUUCAAACUUGCCCUGCUUCUGGUUCUAGUGUUGCAUCUCUUCAAAAACAGUCCAAUCCCGUCACCGCAGGUUCUGUGGUUACACCUAUUACCCCCUCCUCAUUUGGUAUUAUGGCGGCAAAAUCUAGCUCUGCUUAUUUAGAGAACCGAUCUUUGGCGCUUACUUUGACAUCCACCGCUGUUGCCUUGCUUGAUGGAACCACUAAUUCCAGUAUCCGGAUCCCCCACGCAGCCAGCUACCCACUUUGUCAAUCUCGCAAUGCUUUAUUUGAAAAAAUUGGUCAGCGAGUGCUGGCAUAUACCCACACCUCUGUCACUACAGUUUAUUAUGGAUUGUAUGUGCUUGCAGUACUUACCGAAGCAACACCAUUCGGAUCCCCUUUUAUACCGCUAGUAUAUCCGAGUUCAACAGAACUUGCUUGCCAGAUUCCACCAGAGAUCACGCUUACAGUCGUUGCAUUAGCCUUGGCAGAUUCUAUUUUAAACGACACGUCGUUUCCCAUGAGUUGCUGGGCAGCCGUAUCUGGUGUUCCUGUUGCCGACCUGAUUCGCAUUAGAACAUGUGCUUUGAAGAGUCUAGACUAUAAACUGAAUAUUGAACUGUCCCGCUUUAGUCUAUGGGUUGAUUUCUGUCCAUUGCUUGCAGAACACGGUCGUAGACAGCUGGAAACUGCUUGGGCUGCUGAUAGUGCUCCCUCCUGUCGUAUCUUGCCCCAGCAGCAGCUUGCUUUCCAGCAUAAUGCCAUGAUAAACAUGGCUUGUUCCCAGCCUACUCUUGCCUUUUCCACCAAAGCUGCUGCAGCUUUUGCUUCUUUUUCCACAAACCCUAGUGCUUUGUCAUGCCAAACGACUGCACCCGUAACGAGACGGAGUCUUCGCCGUGCACGUCACUUUGAGCUGGAAAGAUCAAAAGCUGCAUCGGUAUCAGUUUCCAAAGAAAUGACUCCUCCACCAACUCCCGAGUCUGGUGUGGCAGGUGGUCUCUGUACUACACCUAUGAAUCAAACCAAAGACAUCCGUGCCUUGCCUGGUGCUGUCAACCAGCGUUUGCGUUAUAAACUAGCCCUUUCUCUUCGCCAGCAAUAUCGAUCACACAUGGCCAAUACUCAUCAGCAUUCUUUCACGACAGAGCCCCAGGAUGGCAUUUUCCAGAUCUACUCGCCUUCUGCUGGCUCUCUCACGCCACCUUCAGCCAUGGGUUAG